AUGCGUGUCUCAUUCUCGCCAGCUCCGGUCGAGCCCUCCACCAACAAAAAGGAGAUAUGGGCUUGGUACAGCUACGCCUUUGCCAGCGAAGCCUACGUUGUCGUCGCCCUCACAAGCUUUAUUCCUAUCACUCUGGAGACACUCGCAUCCCAAGAAGGACACCUUUACGGAACAAACGAACCCUGUGUCGCCAAACCCGGUAAUGCUACGACAACUGGAGCACUCCAGGAGAGCGAACGGCCGCGGUGUAUGAUAUCCUUUGGACACAUUGAGGUCGAUACCGCUUCUUUUGUCAUGUACCUCACAUCUCUUGCCGUUCUACUCCAGGCCUUGACGGUUGUAUCAAUUAGUUCUAUGGCCGACCAUGGAUCAUAUCGUAAGAAACAGCUCGUUGUAUUCUCGGCACUCGGAUCGGUUGCGACAAUGCUUAUCGGAGCCAUGCCCUACGUCUGGAUGGCAGGCGCAUUGAGUGUGAUCGCCAACGUCUCCUUUGGUGCAGGAAUUGUCUGCUUCAAUGCCUACCUGCCUCUGUUGGUCCGCAAUAUCGAGCAACUACGGCUCAACCGGGAGAGGUUGGCCAGAAUUGAGAGGGAGAUUGAGGGAGAUACUGAGCAGCGACAGGCGGACAGGAGAAGUGGCGAUGAUCCCGCUAGUCUGGCACUGGCAGACCGGAUAGGUGUCACAGAGGUGGCUGCAGCGUUGGAGGAAGAGGAAGGAGAUAGAAGAGGGUCCGACGAGCCACUGGUAACAGGACAACAAGUAACCGACAAUAGCCUUGAGCAAAAGAGGAAGCUGAGCUCAGAGAUUUCAGAGCAACUGAACGAGGAGAAAAGUCAACUCAUGGGCCAGAUCAGUGCUCGAGGAUUCGCGAGUGGGUACUUUGGAGGGAUUCUUCUGCUUCUUGUCUGUCUCUACAUCUCGUACCUCGAUAAGUCCUCUAUGUGGUCGCUCAAGUUUGGAAUCUUUCUCUCGGGUCUGUGGUGGUGUUUGUUUGCGGGUCUGGCUGGUGUCUGGUUGAAGGAGAGACCGGGGCGAGAGCUGAUUCUGAGUGACCGGGAUCGGAAACGGGGAUCUCUCUGGGUGGCUUCUCGAUAUGUUGUCUACUCCUGGAACCGAGUCGGUGGCACCAUUGUCCAGGCCCGCAAGCUACCGAAUGCAUUUGCGUUCUUGAUUUCGUGGUUUUUUCUCUCGGACGGUUACACCAGCAUUGCGAAUGUCGCGGUCUUAUUUGCAAAGACCUCCCUCCGGUUAUCCCAGACCUUGCUGAUCCUGCUAUCGCUCGUGGUUCCAAUUUGUGCGUUGAUUGGUACCCUGGCGUUCCCUCGCCUCCAGAAAGCGCUUGGGUAUGACCAAAAGCAGAUGGUGAUGCUCCUGUUGAUCCUAUUGGUCAUGGUGCCGGUGUACGGUACUCUGGGGUUGAUCUUGCCCUUUUGGCCCAAGCUUUCGUCUGCAAAGGAGCUCUUUGCCCUGGCUUCCUACUAUGGUUUUCUCAUUGGAGCCGUCCAAAGGUCAAUGUUUGCAGACCUGGUACCCAAGGGACGAGAAUCCGAGUUUUUCGGUCUGUAUGCUAUCACAGACAAGGGAAGCAGCUGGCUCGGACCAUUGGCGAUUGCAGCGAUCACGGAUGCGACACAAGAGAUCCGGUAUGCGUUUAUUUUCCUGUUGGUGUUGUUGAGUCUCCCGAUCCCGAUCAUCUACUUUGGCGUGGAUAUGCACCAGGGUCGAUUGGAUGCCGAGAAGGCGAGCCAAGAAUUGUUGCAGAGUCAAGAAGCACAUACCGACCGUGGGAGUACCGACGAGGACGAACGAGAGCGGCUUCUCUCCACCGUUUAG